AUGCAUCUGCUCAGCAGUCCCAGCAGCAGCAGCAGCAGUUUCGGGUCUCUCCUCUUCUUCCCUUCUUCUUCCAUCGCGCCCAGGGGCGCUGGUAGGAUCUGGAGAAGCCUGGCGACCACCAUCACGCCGCCAACAAAGCAGUACAAGCACCCGAAUCCCGGAAACUUCAUCAACCGGCCGAAAGAUGAAAUGAGGGAGAUCGCCCGCAAGGGAGGCCAGAAAGGUGGAAAGGCGAGAGGCGUCGGGGGGUUUCAUAACAUGGACCCGGGGAAGCAGUUAUGCUAUGAUUCAAGCAAGCAGCUUCCUGGAGCUCUACGCGUCGGCACCAUGCCGGUGUUCACGUCGCCGUUUCCGACAUCGCACGACACUAUAGGCACUUCCACUCUAGGAAGUCCUGCUAUCCCAUCCUCUCCUCCCCAGGUGGUUCGGACGCGUCAGAACUCAGCAGCCGAGAACCGCGAACGACCAGCCACCCGUCGCUCAUCGAGAGACGCCGACGUCCAAGGCCCUUCCAAGAACACGUCCGCAAAUCCGCGGCCGGCACAAAACGACCUCGACAAGCGACUCGCGCAGUACACCAUCGAUUGGAGCAAGCUUCCAGAUGGAGGCAAGAACCGUGAUCCGCAUCCGCUGGACGUGCCCGAGGACGACGACAAAGACUCGGAGAUUGGUGGACCGGAAGACUUUACCAUGAACAUAGAGAAGUAUAUCCUGGGAAGUGGAGAUGCAACAGACCGGCGGAAGGAGGACCUUGUCGGGAAGCAGGAGCACCAGCGUCUCGACUCCCGCGCGGAGGAGGGUGACUACAGUGAAUUCGGCCCUCCAGUUGACAUGUCCACUCCCUCACACCUUUGGCGGGGAAAGAAUACCAGCACAGGGAAAGAAGGAACGCACUUGGAAGACAUCGAAGAGAACUUUGCCGAUAGUCCGGAUCAGCCUGGGACGCCAGCGAAGCCGGUAGAGGAACAGCACCCCGAAGACGACACAUAUGCCACGGUUCUCCGGGAAAUUGAGCAUCUCCAGGAUGAGCUACGUGAUAGGGACGAGAAAAUUCGAGCGAAUCAAGAAAGAGCCUUGGAAGCAGAAUCCGCCGCUGAGGAGAUCCAAUAUCUACGAGCAGAGCUGCAAAGGAAAGACGCGUUAUUAUCUGAGUUACAUGCCAAACGUGAUGAAGCAGAAACGCUGCGAGAGCAGAUUCAAGCGUUGCAGGAGCAAAAUGACGAGAAAGAUAGGCUUCUCCAGAAAUCGAGCGACAGCUCAGAAGCACUUCAGCAGCAGAUCGACGAUCUCAAGGCCGAACUCCGAAAGCGAGAUGAACGAGCGUCCAAUGAUGACAAAGAGCUCGCGUCCCUCCGUCAGCAAUUAAGUGAUGCACGCGAGCAACUGAAAAAGAGGGAUGAAGCCCUGGAAGACAGCACGUCCAAGUUGCGCGAAAUGGCGUCCAACACAGAACUUCAGCUUCGGCAAAAGAAUACCGAGAUCGAAAACCUCAAGGCUCAGUUAGAUGACCGAGUGCUGGAAGUAUGCCAACUGGUGGAAAAUCUGGCCGAGGUCAACCGCGAAUACGAUACACUUGAAGAGAGGCUUGGUAUGCUGGAAAACCGGAAUAGACCGCUGGAGGAGAAGAAUAUCGUGUUGGAAGCCGAAGCCAACCGGGCCAAAACCGAAGUCGUCUCACAGAAAAAUGCCUUAUCUACCCUGGCCGCAGACUUGUCAAUCGAAACGAAUGGCAAGACAUACCACGAAAUCCUCGAUUCGCUCAAAGCGUGGUGCCAGUUAAAGAAGACCUCUGAUGCCGCUUUGCAGGAAGCCUCUACAGCACAGAAAGAGACGGACGAGCUGCGAACGCAGAUUACCCAGCUUCAGGCGGAAUCAAAGGAAACAGCCUCGGCGAAGGAAUCCCUCGAGCUGGAAUUAAAACGUUCUCAGGAAUUAGUCACCGAGUCCCGGGCCCUCAUCACAACUAUCGAGAGCGAAAACAUCCGGCUGACAUCACGACUGCACGAACUCAACGCCAAUCUUGCCGAGGCUCGAGAAGAAUUGCAGCGCGUCAAGGAAGAGCGUUCUAGCGCUCUGGAGACCAUUGAGCGUCUUCGCAAGAGCACAGCAGCCCGACCGCCAAGCCCGGCCCGUUCAAAAACCCCUACUACCUUACCGCAGGAAUCGGAUGAGCAGAAGUAUCGCGCCAUCCAGGAGGCGCAUCAAGUCGAGAUCAAGAGCCUGCAGGACGCGCAUGCCAGCGCCAUCUCCACCUUGCGAAAAUCCUACACGGGGACCGCGGAGAACCUGCGUGCCCUUCUGGCCGAAUCAGAGCAACGCGAGGCAGACCUUCGAUCGGAACUCCGCGCCCUCCGCGACUCGACGUCCUCGCACGAGCGCGAAGUCGCCGCCCUCAAAGCGGAGGUAAAGAGACUCGAGUCCGUCCUGGCAAUCAAGGAAGAAGCCGCCGCCGACGCGGACCGACGGAUCGCCCGGUCGAUAGAGAAGCGCGAGCGAGAAUGGGAGCGCCGGAUUGACCUCCUCCUGAAGGAGCGGGACAAGAUGAGCAAAGCGCUGCUGUGGGCCUGGGGGGAGAAAGAAGUCGGAAAGACGAAAGAGCCCGGUCCUGGUGAUGAUUCCCGUGGGCCCAAACAGGGGUAUCGGUACAAGUAUGUUGUUCGUCAUUCGACGUGA